AUGAGCGAUGAAACGUAUAAAAGUUUCAAAAGCUUUAUAGAGCUCAAAGCAAAACAUAUACGGGCGCCCUUGGUGGCGGACGAACGACUGAUCAAGGUACUUCAGAAUCAGGAACGGUAUACAGAUGAAUCUGCUAGUGAUCUGGAUAAUUCCAUCAGGCAAGGUAAAGGUCUCACCCAGGCUCAGCUAAAAAAGAUUUUGGCAAAAGUCAACCUAGAAACUCGCAGUCAUUUGGGUAGGAUAUUCACGCGUCAGGCAAUUCAUGAGAUUGCGUUACAGGCAGUGAAUACGGCGAAGCAGGCCAAAAUGGAGAGAUUGGACAAAUUCCUGGAGUUAAACCGGAUAUUGCUCCCGUUUGAUAUACCCGAUUUGAAUAGUAAUUCUGGCUCUGGCUCCAACAUUCAUGGACUGUUGAUAACGCAAAAAGAGCAGUUACUAGAACUAGUCAACGAGUUGCCCAGUUCAGCAGACUUUCAGCUUGAAUCAGUGGAAGAAGAAGAUGAUGACGAGAAUCAGACCUCAAGAAGACAGAGUCAGCUUCUAGAAGAGUAUGACGAUAUGCUGAAAAAACUACGCAACAAGACGAGUUAUCUGGCUAUGUUGGAGCAGAAACUGAAGUACUACGAUGGCUGGCACCGUUCUCUAGAGCGCACGUUGACAACCGAUCCUGCGGCAAGUUUGCAGAAGAAUCUUGUGAAAUCGUCCAACAAUGUUCUAGUUUCAGAACUGACGCGAGCUAAGGAGCGUCUGGCCACUAUAAAGUUGAAACUUCACGAUGGUGAACCAAAGAAACUUCAGAUCUCCAACCUGGAAAGCAUUCAAGGAACGGGCUCAUGA